CUUCCCUUCUUGGGUUUUCAUUCCUCGCCAUCAUGUCUCUUCAAGAAAAGGUGCAGACAGUUGCACAGGAGUUCCAAAAGCUCCAGGCUGAUAUGGCCAAGGCUGUAGAGGCCAGGGAGAAACUGGGCACUCAGCAAUCGGAGAAUGAACUCGUGAAGAAAGAAUUCGCCAAACUCGCGCCAUCGAAUGCGGUAUAUAAACUCAUUGGGCCCGUACUUGUGAAGCAGGACCAGGCAGAGGCAAAGACCAACGUUAAUACAAGGCUGGACUUUAUCAAGGGCGAAAUAAAACGAGUCGAGGCCCAGAUCCAGGACAUAGAGGCCAAGUCGGAGCAGAAGAAAAAAGAGUUUGCCGCCGCACAGACCGCUCUCCAACAACAGCAAAGUCCAGUAGCAGCGUAAUGCAUAUACAUCUCUCCCUGUAGCACCUCUUCCUGUAUCUAUACUGCCCGUAAUGACACUUUCAUCCCAUGAGGUGACUGGCACUAUGCAUUUUUCGAAGGCUGUGAUGAUGCUUGUUCUACCAAGACAUUGGCCUUCUUCAACUCUCGCUCCGCCUCGGGACUCUUCAGUACUGUCUCCAGCUUGAAUCGUUUUCUGGCUGACACAGG